AAAAAAAAUGCAUACUACAAAACCCUGUUUUAUGUUUUUUCUUUUUUUUAUUUUUAGAGAUAUAUAAAAAUAAAGACAAGAAAAAAAAUUUCUUUUCUAUUUUUCUUUUCUCUUUCAAUAUAUCAAAUAAUGUUCUCUAAAUACCCUUCUGGCACUCUUAAUGUUACUAUCAUCGAAGCACGCAAGCUUCAUGGUGAAGACCUCAUCGGUAAAAAUGAUCCUUACGUAGAAUUAUGGGUUGAUGAUGACUACAAACAAAGAACUACCACUAUUAGUAAUACCAACGAUCCUGUUUGGAAUCAAACUUUUACAUUCCCUUUAAAUGAAGGACGUAAACAUAAACUCUAUCUCAAAGUUUUUGAUAAGGAUACUAUUGGUUCUGAUACUAUUGGUGAGGCAAAGUUCGAUUUUGAAAGUGCUUUCAAUGGCGUUCCUAUUGAUACCUGGGUUAAAUUGCCUGCUAAGUUAGGCUUAACUAGUCAUGGCGAAGUUCAUAUUUAUCUUCAAUUCUUCCCUUCUAACUAAAAAUAAAAAAUAAAAAAUAAAAAAAAAUGAUAUGAACAAAUACAUUUUAUGAAAGUAUAUCAUAUCAUUGCCGCCUCCUAAAGAAAUUGUAC